AUGAUGACUGAAGACCAUUCUUGCGACUGCAUCUGUACGGUCCCUUUCAAAAUUGGAGCAGAAAGUGAUAGAAGUCACGCCAUUCUAGACUUCUUCAACAGGGCUGUAUAUGGUGGACAGCUAAGAGCUGGGCCAUGCAACAACCAGGUGAAGCGCGUCGGUCAUGUGUGGGAUAGCUUUACAGCAACCCGCACAUGUCUUCGGAAUACGGACUCACUGGGCAUCGCCGAGACUAAUGAUGUGUCUUUCAGGAACCCCAGCCAAGGGUCACUCUAUGGAUUCAAGCUAGAGUCUGGAGAACAAAUCACGUCUGAGGAUGUGUUGAUUGUUACUCCUUAUAAGGCCCAGCGAGACUUCAUCAGGGGGACCCUUCACCAGAAUGGUGUUCCUUACAGGGAUUGCCUGAUUGUGGAUGCACCGCAAGGACAAGAGGCACCUGUAGUCCUUUUUGUCAGGACGAAGCCAGAGUCAGAUCCGCUGAAACUUGGAUUUUUAGCCGAUAAACAAAGGCUUAAUGUGGGAUUAAGCAGAGCACAAAAAGCUCUUGUAAUCAUUGGCAACCUCAAGGACACAGCGGAUAGAAUGAUCUCGAGACCCAAUUAA